ACACACGCCUGUCUGUUCCUGCUAGUAAUGUCUAGUAAAAAUGGCGAGCCCCUUGUGAGAAAGAGACAUGACAUUCUUGAAAUCACACACACGUAUCUGCGAAUUAAAAUAAGAUAGCCAACAAAAUAGAUAAUAGUAUUCGCACAAUAUAGGCUUUGUAUCAGGAUGUUUGUAAGAUGCGCUCUGAAAUCCGCGUCUUUUGCUGCGCGUGAGAGCUGCGUGGUGUCUGGUGGGAAGCAAACCUGUUCGGCACUUGUGUCAAAACAUGUUCGUCCCGCUGUGCGACCUUUAUCAACUAAUAUCAGUGACAGGUGGGCUUCAAACGCUGAAGAGCUGAAAGCAGGUGGGCGGAGCUUGUCUGUCCAGCCAGUGAGGAGCUAUGCAGAAGCUGGAAAAAAAGAUGCUCGUCAGAGUCAGCUGGACGACCUGCCUGCAGCCAUGCUGAAGAAGGAGUACGCUGCAGUCCCUCAGGCGCAGAUGUAUGUCCGGCUGCACAGACUGCGCAGACCGUCUCUUCACUCGUUCACUUCUCAUCUCUCGCCCCCAGUAUGGACGGAUGAUGUGGUCAGAAGGCUUUUAACCUUGGACCUGGCGAGCCAUAAGGAGAAACUGCGUCUGAAGGAGGAGCAGCUGGUGGCUAAAGUCCGUCUGCACGAGAACGACAGCAGCUCGCUCGCGGUGAAGGUGGCCGUUCUGACAGCUAGAAUCCGAAACUAUCAGGAGCACUUGCAGCAGCACCCGAAGGUGAGGACUGAGGACAAGGCCAACAAGCGGCGGAUGCUGAUGAGCGUGGACCGCAGGAAGAAGAUGCUGAAGAACCUGCGGAGCACGCGGUACGACGUGUUCGAGAGCGUCUGCACGCAGCUCGGGAUCGCCUACGCCUUCCCCCCGGAGUACUACAGACGCGUCACCCACCGCUGGCUCGCCAAGAAGGCCCUCUGCAUCCGGGUUUUCAACGAGCUUCAGAAAAGGCGCAAGGAGCACAGACGCAUGAUGGCGGAGGCCGCCGGCGGAGCCAAGGCAGAAGCAGCCGAUAAGGCUUCCACCGAUGUCCAGGGGAGAGCAGCAUAGGGAUGGAUGCCCCGGGAAUCUGAAUCGAUUAGUCAUGCCUGGUCACCACAGCACCAUUGGGAAUCUGAAAAAUGCACUGCCUGAGCUGUUCAUGAUGUUCUUCUGACAGGAUAAAUGACACAUUAGGCCUUUUUUUCCCCGGCUAAGAUUUUUUGCAGGAGCAGAGCAAGUAUCGGUCUUGUUUUUUUAACAAGGCAGCCAUUGGCACGUAAUUAUUUGGCCUGUCCAGGGUGACCAUGCACAUCAUCCCAUGGACACAUUCACACAUUAUACAAAUCUAUUGUACAUGACAUUAAUAAUAAAGAAUAAAAAUGUAAAAAACUUAAAA